AUGGCGGAGGCCUUCCUGCCAAGCAGAGGCCAUCGUCGCGGUGAAGAGCUGCACUCCCUGAUCGGGGCUUUGAGCACGGCGGCCACCACCGGACGGGGCGCCGCCGCGAUGGCGCCGUCGGCGCGGGGGAUCCUGUGCUUGGCCGCCCGGGUGCUGCUCUCCAACGUAGCGCCGGCGGCGGCCGCGGGCGCCCUGCGCCGGGCCGCCUCCGCCGCGGAGCUGCGGAGCGCGAGCGAGGCGCGCGCGGGGCAGCUGCGGAGGGAGGUGGCCCUCAUGAAGGCCCGUGGCUCCGAGGUCGUCGAUGCGCUCCGCUCCGCGGCGGACUGCCUGGACCGGCCCCUCCGCGCGGGCGGCCGCCGGGCCACGAGAGCGCCUGGGCCCGCCACGCCCUCGGCGCCGCGCGCUGUGGGGCCGCCGGCCACGAACCGCUCGGCCGCCUUGAAGCAGCAGCAGGAGGUCCUUCAGAACUUGCUGUCGCACUUGAAGUCCAGCAUUACCAAGGACAACAAGGAGGAGGAGGACAGCAAGAGGCACAACGAGGCCGUCAUCGCGAGGCUCAGGCGCCGGCUCGACAGCGACAGGGCCAGGCUGAACUGGACCAACUUGUCGGCGUGGGACCACGAGAUGUACGCAAACGACACGAAGCUCGAGGAGCGCGAGCUCGAAUAUUGGACAAGGGGGCGCGAACUUCAGCAUGGCAUGUACCACGCCAACCUCAAGAUGACGCACGGAUUGAUGUCGCGCGUGAAGACGGUGAUGCAGGCCUACCAGGAGGUGCUCGCCAAGGGGCACCUGGACCCUGCGAUGUCCGAGCUCCUGCACGCCGCCGCGCAGUCGAUAGCUCCACGUGCGGCGCCGAAGGCUCGGCUCCCGGCCAACCUCACCAAGACCGCUGCGCCGCACGGACCACUGCGUUCGGCGGACGGGUCGAGAACAGCGUGA